UUCGGGUCUCGUAUGUUGCACCACCUCGCUUCCUGUGCCUGAUCUUGCUCUCAGUUCUCGGUAAAAAAAAGUCUCGCGCGAGUAUCGCGACUUCGCGAGAUUUCACAUCGCAAGCUGGGGGCUCUGGUUGAACUGACAGGCAGAACAGUAGGUUAGAGAUGCCGUUGUUUCGAGCAUCUCAGUCUGGCACGGUCAAAGGAGGACCCCAGAAGAGGAAGAUUAAAAUCGCCAGGAGGGAGGAGAGGGGCUGUGGCUCUCUGGCCAGCUUGUGUCUGUGGAGCCUGGCUGAAAACAUGAAGAAUGUCUGGACCAAAGACUACACCCAGAAAUACAUGGAUCAGUACUGCUUCCGCUACGUUAUGGGGCCGUUCAACAUGCUGCCUGGGGAUCUGGUAGAAGAGCUCCUCUCCAUCCUCUCCUCGCGCAGCCUCCUGACCCGGGGAGCCCUGCACCUCCUGCUGUUGCCGCAGUUACAGCGCCUCUCCCUGGCGGCCUGCUCCAGCCUGGUCACCCCCAGCCUCUGCCACCUCAUUGGGGUGCGGUGCCCGUCCCUGUUGUGCUUGGACCUCUCUGGCAGUCAGCAGCUGUGCUCUCCGGUCCUGUGUGAGCUGAUAGGGGGACUGCCCGCCCUGCGCUCUCUCUCCCUGGCGGGCACCCAGUGCGACGGGCACGUCGUCGGGACGGCGGCGGCCCGCUGCCCGGCCCUGCGGCACCUGGACGUGUCGCGCUGCCACCGCCUGGCCCCCGCGGGGCUGCUGUCUCUGGCCUAUCGGCCCGGCGCCGGGCCAGGCGGCGGCUACACGGGCCUGGGCCUGCGCAGCUUGCUGGCCCUGGACUAUCGGCCCGGCGCCGGGCCAGGCGGCGGCUACACGGGCCUGGGCCUGCGCAGCUUGCUGGCCCUGGACAUCGGGUUCGGGGAGGAGGAGGAGGACCGGGCCUGGGUGGCGGCCUUCCUCCUGCUGGCCCUGCCCCUCCUGGCCCGGGCGGCGCUGGAGGAGCUGGGGGAGGCCUGCCGCCUCGUCGCCGGGCGGGAUUUCGGCCGGGGCGACGGCCUCGCCGCCCGGGCGGGGGUGCCGGGCCUCGGGGAGGUGUGGGGGUGCAGGCUCAGGGGGCAGAUCGGGGGACAGGGGGUUUCGGACAGAGGGGAAGACGAGGGGUGGGCGCAGGGCAUGGCCAGCGAGGAUGAGGAUGAGGAUGAGGAAGAGGCGGGGGAGGCUGAAGAAGCACUGAGGAAAAACGUGGGGAGGAACGCAUCUCGGAGUGAAGGACAGAGUGGUGCGGGGGAGGGGGACCCCAAAAAGCAGGUGACCCUGUGUCUGCAAGAGGCUCAGGGGGUGACCGUCGGGGCUCUGAGGGAGGUCGGCCAGAUGUGCCCAAAUUUGCGCUCCCUCGCCCUCGUCGGCGAGGAGGGGGCGGGGCGGCACGGCGCCCGGGCCAUGGGCCAGUGGGCGGGGCAGCUGCACGGCCUCUCUCUCCAAUUGGCCGGGGGCCUGCGGGAAGCCCUGCCCCUCGUGCAGGCCGUGGGGGCCUCCCUCGCCUCGCUCACUCUCGAGGGGAUCAGGAUGGACGGCAACGCCUCUUUUCUCCAGCUCCUCCGCGCCUGUCCCAAGCUGAAGACUCUCCACGUUCACACCGAGCCCCCCAGCAGCACCGAGGAGGAAGAGGAGGAGCAGGAAGAGGAGGCUGUGGAAGCCAACCUCCGAGAUGCGCCCUGCCUUCCCUUGCUCCAGUCUCUUAAACUCAACUUCCUCUUAGACCAGGGGCAGAAGAGGCCUGUCAUGUCCUGGAGGGCCCUCAGGUGGGUGCUAGUGGCCUUGCUGGGCGGAUCCCCCCUGCUGGAGAAGGUCUCCCUGGCCGCCUGCCCCUGUCCGCUGGACGACGCGUUCCUCGCGGUGCACCGUCGACCCCCCGCGCCCUCCGGACCCGCCCCCCUGCAGCGCCUGCGUGACCUCAGCGUGGUCCGCUGCGACGUUUCCGAGGAAACGGUCCAGCUCCUGGUGUCCACCGUUAACCGCCUGUCUUUCCUGGACCUGAGCGGGUGCUGGCCUGUGACUGCCAGCUGCAUUAUGCAGUUACAGAGGAUGGCCACCAGAAGGUGCUAUCCCCUCACUGUUGUCUGGACGUGAUGCUGGAUGUAUUCAGGAAAAUGCUGUUUUUUAUGGAUAUUAAAAUGGUUUUUAUUUAGUUAUAGCAACACUAUGGCAACGGUUUUAACAGUGAAACUGUUUAACGGAAAUUUUACUUUUGGAUAAAAUGAAUUGUCUGAGGACACAAUGUUUGUGUGUGUGUGUUGUAUGCAUGUAUGUAUCUAUGUAUGUAUGUAUGUAUCCUGCAUUUAUCUUUAGAAAUGUGCUUCAUGUAUCAUUUGAAAUGAAAAAAUUAAGCUUAACGAUAAAGCAUCAGAAUAUGUAUGUUCUGGUGCCUUACAGCAAAAGAGCAAACGCCAAAAAAAGCAAUAGUAAUUCCAAACCGCUGAAUAUUUUAUAUUUGAUCAUGCAGUAUCUUUAGAAGAUUAGAUGUACAUUCAAUUUUUUUUUGCAUUAAUUUCACAGAUUGUCUGGUGUAUCUGGGGAAAAAUGAACGCGACUGAAUAAAGAGUUUUGUGUUUACAGCA